UGGGGCCUACCUGCGUCUUUCAGAUUCUAUGUACCGUUCUAGAGCGACAGUGCAUCCAUGCCGGCAUUAGGAGAGAGAGGCUUAGCGACAGCGAAAUCUAGUCAGCAGCAGCGAAGGCAGCAACGACACGAAGCGUGAAGUCUUAAGGGGAGUAGCUGCUCUAGGCACAAUCGAGACAAGAUCGAAUCUAGAUCAAGACAGGCUCAAGAUACGAUCGAGAUAAAAUCCUGAUAGGCUCACCAUGGCGUCGCCCACAACGGACGGCAAGAAGGAGAGCUCGCACCACCACCAUCACCACGCAUCCUACAACGCGAUACGCGGAAACCUCGAGCGCGCGCUGCGCGGAAGCAUCGAGCGCAUGCGCGGGGCGCGCGGAAGCAUCGAGCGCAACGCGUCCGCCGUGAGCGGGAACCUGGAACGCGCAAUCCGCAUAGCCCGCGGGAACCGCCAGCUGCCCUCGUACCUACUCUCCCUCGUCGCGCUUCUCUGCCUAACCGUCCUUAUUUUCCACUCCUCUGAUUGGUCCCCGUCCGCGGUUUUCGACAACGCGGAUUCGCUAACGGCCGUUUUUCCCGCAAAAACUGACUUCAGCCAGCCGAACGGCGCGAAAGCCAAUGCGGGAGGUGCGACUAUGGAGGCUGCUAGUAACGGGCCCGGUGCUUCAUCUCAGCCGUCCGAUGGGGGAUCAUCUAACGGCAGCCAGAGCGCGUCAGCUGCCCCUACGCCCUCAACCACUGGUACCGCCAGCAGCAGCAGCAGCAGCAGCGAAGGUAGCACCAACGCCAGCACCAACAGUGCUGCAACAAGCACUGGGAAUGGGGCCAGCGCCAGCAGCGCCAGCAGCAGCAGCAGCAGCGGCGGCGGCGGCAGCAGCAGCGGCAGCGUCAGCAGUAAUUCCAGUGGAGCCCUGCUGACGUCAGAUUCCCCAGCCGUUACCCAACUUUUGGCGGGAAACCUGACAGCCGAGAAAACCCUGGUCUGGGAAACCCCCUGGCUGGGGAUCACUAAGGAGCAGUACUUAAUCUCCGGAACCAAAUACCUCUACGUGCCGACGGCAGGCGACCUGUGCAUGGGGAUGGGGCACUUUAAGUGGAGCCUGGUGUGCCGGUUGUCAGAGGCGGCGUUCUUGAAUCGAACGCUGGUGCUGGAUGCGAUGGUGUGCUUGAAUGGGGCGCACAACGCGGGGGGAUACGGCCUCGUGCGGCCGCUGUAUGCCUACUUCGACCUGCAUGAGUUGAAGAGCCACCUCCCCUUCACGCCCUUACAAGGAUUCCGGUCAUCUCUAGCGGCCUGGCAUGCAGCCUCCCCAUCCAACCGCCUCUCCACGCUCAUUGUCCCUAAGAUUGAGCCGGCAUCCGCGCUGGCAGAGGGCGAGAGGAGGGAUGUGCCGCUGAUCAUUCGCAAUCUCACCACGGCUUCCGAUUUUGGGUUCGCUGCCUGCGACGCACCUGAGGGGCGUCGCUCCCCCGCAACUGGUCCCUGCUGCCCAUGCAAAAGGAGAUCCAGUGGGUAAUUUCCAACAUUACCCUCCAGAUGAACAACAGCAACUACGAUGUGGUGCACGUGAGGAGAGGGGACAAGGCGCUGGACUCCAAGCGGUGGCCCAACUUGGACAAAGACACACGAGCUGAUGCCCUGCUGAAACGGUUGCCUGAGCUGAUUCAACCGGGUCGGUUUCUCUACGUCUCCACGGACGAGCGCUCGCCCGGUUUCUUCGAUCCGCUGAAAGACAAGUUCAACGUGCGGCUGCUGCAAGAUUUCAAGGAGCUGUGGUCGCCCGGGAGCGGAUGGUACCAGGUGUACUCGGACAUGCUGGGGAAAGACGUGGUAUUCGAUUCCUACAUGGAGGCAAUGGUGGACUAUGAAGUGACAAGGCUGGCUCAGAAGGCAAUUGAGACAUUCAAUGAUCUCACCAGUGAUCCUAGGGAUGGCAAACAAUGACCACCCCUCCAUUCAGUGAAGCAUGGCAACUGCUGGAGCUCCGGCACAACGUUUUCCUCCUGGGAUCUCCUUAAAGCCCAAAAAAAAUAAUCGGGCACAAUGUUUCAUUCAAUGCAAUGUUGUAACAAAUGCGUUAUGCACAGAUCC